GGGUGUUAUCCUGGUUAUGUAUGCGGGCUCUCGGUUUUUAUUGAAACCACCGAGAAUCUAGUCAUAUUGUGGGAAACAUAAGAGCUAAAUUCUUGCAGCUUGCACGUGGCUAAUACCUUCAAUAAUGGAUAAUUACGAGGCUGAAGAUCCUUUAGUCCCACUGGUGGAACCAAUAGACAUUUCAGGACUUAAAGUUACUGGCGACAGAAGUGGUGUGGCAAGCCAGGGUGUUGAAUUUGAGACCAGUGUGGAUUUCAAUGAACCAGAAGAAACUGACAUUAAGUUCAAGGCUGAGGACAUAUACAACAACCGGUUUUUGCCUGAUGAAGAUGACAGCGAUGUGGAUGAAGAUGAUGAGUCAUCACCUUUUGAGAGGAUGAUGAAAAAGAUGGAAGAUAUAUCACCUGAUAAGAAUGGCAUGGUGUUCAAGAAAGUUCUUCAACAAGGGAGUGGAGCAAUUGUUCCUGAAGGCGCUAUAGUCAGAAUUCACUACAAUGGUUACCUUGAAUUUGGAGAUGAGCCCUUUGAUUCAACAAGGCUAAGGAACAGUCCAUAUAAAGUUAAAUUACAAACAGGUGGGCUGAUUGUGGGCCUGGACCUUGCUGUAUCAUCCAUGAAGAAAGGAGAGCUGGCUCGCUAUAUCAUCCGACCUCAGUAUGCCUUUGGAGAGAUGGGGACCCCUCCAAGGAUUCCUAAGGAUGCCACUGUGAUGUACGAGGUGGAGUUACUGAACUUUGUAGAACAUGGGGGUGUGGAUGACAUAGAGCUUCUGUCUGAGGAGGAAAGACAACAGAUUGCUUUUGAUGACCUGCUCAAGGCUUGCAAGUCUUACAAACAGGAGGCAAAACUACAGUUUGAUAGUUCUAGCUACAGGAAGGCAGCCUCUUUGUAUAGAAAGGCAGUUUACAUGCUAGACAAAGCCCAUCUAAAAGAUGAAGAGGAGGAAGAAAAGCACCAGAAGAUACUGCUUCAGCUCUGUAUUAACCUAGCCCUGACCUGUAACAAGAUGGCAGAACCCAAGCGCUGCAUCAGCUGGUGUAAACGAGCCCUGGAGAUCCGUGGUAUUGACAACACCUCAAAGACCAAGGCUCUCUACCAUUAUGGCAAGGCUCUGCACAGUCAGUCCUACUUUGAACAAGCUAGAGACAAACUGAAAGCAGCCCAGAGACUCUCCGGGGGAAGAAACAUGUCUGUUAACAAUGAACUGGUGGCACUGGACAGAUCAAUCAAGCAAUUUGGGUUGGUUGAAAAGGAGACCUACAGAAGGAUGUUUUCCCAACCCCAGGGAAUUUCUGAGGAAGAAAAAGAGAAAGAAAACAGAAGACACCAAGAAGCAGAGGAAAAGUGUAUGGAAGUGUCAGAGAAAUUCCGUCAGUUCGCCAUCGAGAAUUUAAUGGAGUUUAAGAACAACCCGGAGCUGACAGAGAUUCCCUUCACGUCGUACAAGCUGACGCUGGGAGAGAUUGCCUGUAUGAUAGAGGAAGCAGACAAUCUCGGCCUCAAAGCUGUGCAAGUUGGCAGUGGACAAAACUCAAAGAUCAAAAUAGUGAAGAAGAAAAAGCCAAAUUAACGGACAAUAUCCUCAAACUUGUCAAACCUAUGGUGCUCAAGAUCUGCUGCUGACACAGUUGUCUUGUAUUCUGCUGAUUCAAUGAGGAAUGAGAUCAUGUUGGAAUGUCUUACCUUUUAUUACGCAACUUAUCUGGAAUAUAUGCAGCAUGAAUGAAUGUUUCAUCAUUUCAUUAUUGCCGUGUACUGUAUUUUAGAAUAAUUCCAGUCAAAUUUUUUUGUGCAUUUCUUUUUGUGUGUAAAUUGGUUGUUAUUGAUUGCAAUCUUUUCAAAUACAAGUUUCUCUAUUCUAGUCCUUGAUUACAUAAUGCUAUCAGUGUUUGUCAUUUGCCUUCUAUCUGUCAUAAUUUUUAGGAAUGGAAAAUGUGCAGUUUAUUAAAACUCGCAGCAAGUUCACUUUGAGAAAAUUUUGAGAUAUAGAAUAUCUCAAAACAGACUUGAACCUUUGAUUUUGUAACAACCUUUAUCUUAAUUGGUUAAUUUUCUGGUUACUGGUACUCUUGUGUUUUGGGGUUUUUUUUCUUUUUUUUCUUACAUAUUUUGAUAUAUAUUUUAGAUUCAUGAUUGUAUAAAUACAAUGUAUGUUCAGUAGACUUUCAGAUCUGUUAGUGUCGUUUAGAAUUUAUGCUUAUUUACAUACUGGUAUAUACAUGUAUGUACAAGAACCUCCAUAUUUUGAUAUAAAUCUGGAUUAGUUUUGAAUACUCUUAGAUGUGCUCUCUUACAAUCUACAUGUACAUGCACAUGUCUGGCAUUCAAUUCUCUUUUCUUUUCUUUUCUUUGUCAUGUAAGAGCUUAAAAAAAAAUAAUAAGCCAUAAAUUUAUUUUAUCGUUAACUUAGCUCUUAGAUAGAGAUUUUUUAAGAUCAACUUUCUGCAGUAUUUUAAGCCUUUUUUAUUUGAUAAACCAAAUGCCAAAGUAUGGAUACUGGUAUGUCAGCAUUUGAAGUACUUGGUUGUUAUGCCCACAGGUAGUUUUGUGUUUGGGCAAGGUACAGUAGAAUACUAGACUGUAAGCCUUUAAACAAGUUUUUGUCAUGCUGACAACUCUUGUCCUGUGUGUUUGUCAGAAAAUAUCAGGGUUAUUUGACAGUUACAUUUUGUAUUAAAGUUCAUAUAAUACUCAGGCAGCUAAGGCCACACAGUUGUGUAUCGGAUCAUCAAUCAUCAUUUUUAGGAUUGCAUUUUAUUUUUGUAUAUUAUUAGUUUAUGAAGACCAAAGAGUUUGUUCUAUGAUGAUAAUUUUUAAUAAAACAGUGCUGUUAUAG